UAUUGUACGCGUUAUUAUCAUAAAUGUAUUUAUUUAUUUAUUUUUGAAGAAAAAUAUAUAAUAUAAUUUCUGCAAUUUGAUUUUCUGAUUGGCUUCUUUAAUUUGUCAUCGAAUUCUUAAAUUUUCUUUCUCGAAGUCUCCGGGUAUUCAUUUUCUUUGUUCGUCCCCUGACUUCGCCGGAGAAAGACCAAUCAGAGAGAGAGAGAGAGAGAGAUCAGUUCAACUGAGCUGCCAUGGCGUCGCGAGAGCACCUUGAGAAGAUGCAAGUUCGCCAGAAUUAUCGAAAUCUCUGGCACACUAGCCUCACGAACACUAUUCAGGCCGAUACUCCUUAUUGUUGCCUUUCGUUGUUUUGUGCGCCUUGUGUAUCAUAUUUGCUAAGGAAACGAGCUCUGUACAAUGACAUGUCAAGAUAUGUGUGCUGCGCUGGUUAUAUGCCUUGCAGUGGAAGGUGUGGAGAAAGUAGAUGUCCAGAAUUUUGCCUGGCAACUGAGGUUGUUCUCUGCUUUGGAAAUUCAGUGGCCUCAACACGCUUUUUGUUGCAAGACGAGUUCAACAUACAAACUACACAAUGUGAUAAUUGCAUCAUUGGUUUUAUGUUCUGCCUACAGCAAGUUGCGUGCAUUUUCUCCAUAGUUGCAAUGAUUGUUGGAAGCGAGGAAAUUUCCCAGGCCUCUCAAUUGUUGUCUUGUUUGGCUGAGAUGGUGUACUGCACGGUGUGCGCAUGCAUGCAGACACAACACAAGGUUGAAAUGGACAAAAGAGAUGGAAAGUUUGGGCCUCAGCCAGUGAUGGCAAUUCCUCCUAUUCAGCAGAUGUCUCGAAUCGAUCAGCAAGUUCCUCCCUCGGUUGGAUAUCCAUCCCAACCAGCUUAUGCUUACCCUCCUCCACAGGCACAAGGUUAUCCUCCAGCUCAAUAUCCUCCCCCCGGCUAUCCACCUUCCGGCUAUUCCAGGUGAUAAUAAAAAUUGUUUUUUUGACAAAUUACAUGCCGAUCUGGUAUAUUUGUGUACGGAGGGCUCUUUCUUCACUAGGGAAUAUUUGGGCAUGAAAGUAAAUACACUGUGAAGUUCCAAUGUGUAUCGAACCUGACAUUACUUCUACAAGUUGUGGUGCUUAUGAGAUCUUAGUUUGCUUUGUGAAUGGAAAUGGUGGUGGUGUUUCAUUUGGGUUUUUUUUUCUACUAAACAAAAUAAAAAAUUCUAAACAUUUGUUUCGAUUUUUUCUUUAAUUGAUCUCAUUUAUUGGAGUGAA